AAUAACAUUUUUGGUGCAACGUCAAAUUGUAUAUGCUGUAACAGUGAGCAGAGAUUAGGCCAAAGUAAAAUAGCCGCUAGGGGGCAGUACUCUCUACAGCACUCCUCUGUUCUCCCCAAAUCACAUCCAGUCGAAGAAAACCGGAAAGAACGCACCUAAAAUCUGUUUGCAAACCGUCAUUAAAACAACAGAAGAAGAAGAAAAAAAGCGGAAGUCAACAAAUGGCGGAUGAGGAGGACGAGACUGGCUUCGAUGAGGAGUUGGACGACGGGUCUGGCGGAGUGGAGUGCGGCCACGGGAAGAGGAAGAGGCUCUUCUCGAAGGAGCUCCGGUGCAUGAUGUACGGAUUUGGAGACGACCAGAACCCGUAUACUGAGUCUGUGGAUAUUCUGGAGGACCUGGUCAUCGAGUUUGUCACCGAAAUGACACACAAAGCCAUGUCUAUCGGACGCCAGGGUCGCGUCCAGGUGGAGGACAUCGUUUUUCUAAUUCGGAAGGACCCCCGGAAGUUCGCCCGAGUCAAAGACCUGCUAACCAUGAACGAGGAGCUAAAGAGAGCCCGCAAAGCUUUUGAUGAAGCUAAUUAUGGCUCAUAAACAAAGUCAAAUUUGGCGGUACAUUUAUUUUCAAUAACUGUUCAUUAGCUGUGUGUUCAGACUUGACUCAAGUCGGGUUUUUUUAAUUUUUAGUAACGUUUAUUAUUCCUUAUGGUUCUAUGGCAGAGACAAACUUUGUUACCUGGUCUCAUACUGUCUGUCUGGGACUGUCAAUAAAGAUAUGUUGUUUUAA